CAUAUAUGAAUUUGAACAGCGCAGCAGUCAAAAAAGAUAAACAGAAGAAAUUAUAGGAAGAGAGAGAGAGAGAGAGAGAGUGAAAAUGAGCUUUCUUGCGGGAAGAUUGGCAGGAACAGAGGGCGCGUAUUUCUUGCAAGAAUCCAAACACGCCGUCACUCGUCUCGCCCAGAGGAAAUCUCCUUCUUCAUUGCCCACCGCCGCUAGUUCUAUCGCCCGGACCGAAGAAUCCGACGCCGCCGAUGUUCUGCCGGAGGUUUUAAGACAUUCACUGCCGCCCGAGAUCUUCCAAUCUCCCAAGUCUGCAACAACCGCUUCAGAUUCGUCUCUCACCGCAGCUACCAAAUGGGUGAUCAGAACUGACCCCAAUUCCGCUUCUUCUGUGCCCUCUCAUGCUCUUAACCCUCUCAAAGCUUAUGUUUCUCUACCUCAAGUCUCCUUUGGACCUAAAAGAUGGCAGUUGCCUUAUUCUGAGAACUCAUUGCAAGCCUCCACUGCAAAUGAGUUGCGACGUGACAGAUAUACCCCUGUUAAUCCUGAGAAGUUGAAGGCUGCAGCUGUAGGGUUAUCUCAAAUUGCCAAGGCAUUUGCUGCUGCUACUGCUAUUGUAUUCGGGGGUGCCACCUUGGCAUUUGGAUUGGCAGCCUCAAAGCUGGAACUGCAAAAUGCUGAUGAUAUACGGACCAAAGGGAAAGACAUUAUUCAUCCGAGAUUUGAAGCACUCAAGGAGCAACUGAGUCCCUUCAGAACUUGGGCGGAAGACACGUCGAAGAAAUGGCAUUUGGAAAGGGGAGAAGACUAUAAAGAGAAGCCUCUGAUAAAGGAGCUUUCGAAAAUACUUGGUGCAAAGCCAUCCAGCUAACUCUGUUAAAAGAUUUUGUGUAAAUAGAUAGAAUUCUGUAAUAAUGCACCUGUUGGUUGUUGCCCUGGAAAUAAGGUGUUUGCUGUUGUUGUUGUGCUAGUAGUAGGUUUUGAUAAGUAAAUCCUAUACAUUUUUUCUUAUGGGACAAUUCCUGAUAUAACUUAAAGAAUGAUUUGGUUGAUAGCUGAUUUACUACUUUUUGAAUC